GUCUUGGCAUCCCGAGGAGAUGGCUUCUCCCUCUAGACAGCCCCCACUCGGGGGGUCAGGGCUGCUGCAAGGGAGCCGUGCUCGUUCUUAUGGAAGCCUGGUACAAUCGUCCUGCUCCCCAGUGAGGGAAAGACGCCUGGAGCAUCAGCUGAAGCCUGGAGAUACCCUGGCUGGACUAGCUCUCAAAUAUGGGGUGACGAUGGAGCAGAUUAAGCGCACAAACCGCCUUUAUACUAACGACUCCAUCUUCCUGAAGAAAACCCUCUACAUCCCCAUCCUGACAGAGCCCAGAGACCUGUUUAAUGGUUUGGAUUCUGAGGAGGAAAAUGAUGGAGAGGAGGAUGUACGACCCAGGAAAGAUGGCGCUGGUUCACUUUCAGGGAAGAGGAAGAAUCAAGAGUCAGGUUCAGGCCGGGCCAAUGGUGAAGCCCUCCCGCCACACCAGGAAACCUCUACACCCGUCCAUGACCUUUCUGCCUCUGAUUUCCUUAAGAAGCUUGAUUCACAGAUCAGCCUAUCAAAGAAGGCUGCUGCCCAGAAGCUGAGGAAAGGGGAAAGUGGGGUCCCUGAGGAGGGCACAGGGCUCCACUUCAACUCCCCUAGGACGCAGCAGCGAGCAGUACUUGGUCCGGUACCACUGACCCGGACCUCCCGGACCCAAACACUGCGGGAUCAGGAGGAUGAGAUCUUCAAACUCUGACGGUACCACUGACCCGGACUUCCCGGACCCAAAUACUGCGGGAUCAGGAGGAUGAGAUCUUCAAACUCUGAUGUCCCCGGACUGAUGCAAGAAGCAGGCUGGGAAGGAACAGUUGAGCUGGGAGGAGUCUAAGGUGAGGCUCAAAAGCAGAGCUUCCCAGCCUGCCUCAUUCCUCUCCGGCCAUCUUGCCCAGCUCUGUCAAGAUUUCCUCAGCUGGGGACACUUUUUGCCAAGAGUUGGGAAUGGGAACAGAACUCUUCCCAGUUCUUGGGCUGAAUCUAGCGUUGUGCUUUAGAUUCAAAGGCUCCUUUAACAGCCUUACUGUCUCUUCCACCAUUCCCUGGGUUAGAGCAGGGAAGCAGAGGACCCCCACCCCCAUGUUUAAUGACGUUACCUAAUUUAUUUGGUGCUAUAUUGAAGUAAUAUUUAUUUGCUAUAUCUAACUCCCUCCUCCUCUUAACUGAAAUAAUGUGAUUUCUGUAUCAUUGAAGAGAGGGAAAGCCAGAGCUGGGAGCGGGCUGCUUACCCUUCCCGCCUCUCGCCUCCCUAGCGAGCACGCUACUGAGGCCAGGAGAGUCAGUGACACUCACCACAGAGACUGAUGGACUGGACGGGCUGAGUCUUUCCCUGCGCUCAAGGUAGGGUCCUAAGUGAGCAGUCCCUCUGACUCUUGACAGUUCUUGGCUCUGAGAGGAAGCAGUGGGGCGGGGUACUGACUGCCUCCCAGUCCACCCCUUCACCUUCUUCCCUCUCCUGCUGGGCUAAGGGGUGGAAGAGGAUGCCUUGGGGUGCAGGAGGCAGUUGCAGAGCACACCCCAGCCUGCCUGUGUUCCUCACCUCAUAUCUCUUUGUAAUCGGUAGGCCCGAUCUGCAGUACAGUGUGUCUUUGUUCCUGAAGCUGAAGAAUAGGCAUGGCAGCUCAGUAGUACUGGAGGCUGCCUGCUUCUGUUCCCAAGUGGGAACCGGCGAGAUGAGUCCUCGCCUCUAUGUCCAGCCUGAGUGUGGAGCUGGAGAGAUUAAACAGUGACCCCUGCGCGU